UCCUUAACGUUGAAGCGCAGGGGCUUCCUCUGGUGGUAGCUAGUGAUACCAAACUCCGUUAAUUUCAGGCGUUUUGCGAGCGACAAUGGACGACGAGUUGAUUUCUCUGGCCAGAAUCCUUAACGUUGAAGAGCAGGGGCUUCCUCUGGUGGUAGCUAGUGAUACCAAACUCCGUUAAUUUCAGGCGUUUUGCGAGCGACAAUGGACGACGAGUUGAUUUCUCUCGGUGCUCUAUAUUUGUUGUGGAAGUCGCACAAACGUCGGACCGUCAAACACCGCCGUGCUUGGGUUAACAACACAAUUCAGAGGCGCACACAGCUUGGUGAAUUUCACGGGCUUCUCCAGGAACUGCGUCUGGAUGGCGGCCGCUUCCAGCGUUACCUGACACUGAGCCGUUCCCAGUUUGAAGACCUGUUAACUCGAAUCGGUGCCAGGAUUUCCCGCAUGGACACCAACUACCGGCGGUCCGUCUCAGCUGCGGAGCGCCUGUCCAUCUGCCUCCGAUACUUUACCACAGGUGACUCAUUCAGGAGCAUCGCGGACAGUUUCUGUGUUGGGGUCUCCACUGUCUCCAUGAUUGUCCGUGAUGUUGCAACAGCAAUUUGGGACUGCCUCGUGGAUGAGUUUAUGGCUAUGCCAACCGCAAACGAGUGGCGGUCAAUUGCAGAGGCGUUUGAGGAGCGGUGGAAUUUCCCUCUCUGUUGUGGAGCACUGGAUGGGAAGCAUAUUGUCCUCAAAGCCCCUGGCAAGUCAGGAUUAAAGUUAAAAGGACCUUUCUCAUUGGUUCUCUUGGCAGUUGUGGAUGCUCAGUAUUGUUUCCGAGUGAUAGAUGUCAGGGGCUGCAGAAGAACCACUGAUGGUGGGGUUCUGGCCAACUCGGCUUUUGGUCAAGCGCUGCGCUCUGGCACUCUCCAAUUGCCUGCUGACCUGCCACUACCAGGAGCUGAUCACCGAGGACCCCAGCCACACAUCUUUGUUGCAGAUAAGGCUUUUCCACUCCAGAAAAAUCUCAUGAGACCAUUCCCAGGACGCAUCAUUCCAAAAGAGCACCGGAUCUUUAACUACCGUCUCUCCCGAGCUCGGCUGGUGGUGGAGAAUGCCUUUGGGGUUCUUUCUGCCCAGUGGAGGAUGUACAGACGUGACGUGGCGGCUCAUUACGAAGUUGCAGAGAAGUGUGUGAAGGCUACCUGUCUUCUCCAUAACUUCCUGCGGAAAACAACCCAGGCAUCUGCGGUGACGGGAGGCAUCCAGUUUGAAGAGGUAGAACCACUGCCAGGUCUGGGAAGACUUGCCGCCAACAACUCAACAAGAGAGGCAAGAGGGGUCAGGGAGGCCUUCACAGCCUUCUUCUCGGCUGAGGGAACUGUCCCAUGGCAAGACGCAGGCAUUUAUGAUAAAGACACUCGCACCUACAAGUUGGAUGACUUGACGAAACUCAAAACUAACGAGCUUAAGGCAGAGCUCCAGUGCCGUGGUCUGAACAUCAAUGGCCUGAAGCCGGACCUGGUUGAGCGGUUCUCGGCGGCACUGAACAAGGAAGCGCGGGCCAAGUCUUCUGGCCCAGGGACCGAGGAGCAGGGCGACAUGGAAGAAGGACAAAAAAUGCAAGUGCAGCAAGGUGAUGUGCUGCUCAAGAAGGACGAAGACAGAGAUUCGGGUGGCUACUACAAGGAGGAGGAGACUGAGCCCGAAGCCGAAUGUAAGCCAUACGUGAGUCAGCCAGUGUCGUACUCUGGCCACAGCGUGCUGCACUUCAGUGCCAACGUCGACCUUCCCAAAACGGAUGCCGUUACAAAGAUAGUCGUCAAACUUGAACAGAAUGAGGAGAAACAUGUUGACAUCAAACAAGAAAUUGAAGACGAAAUCAAAAUCGAGGCUGCCCCAGUGCCGAUCGGCAUCGCUGGGUGGAGGCCCUCCAAGGCAGAGCUGAAAUGUGAACAAGAUGGUGGGAGUCGGGCCAUGCAGGUGAAGCUGGAGUCGAAGAAAAGCAAACACCACGGCCGAAAGCGACCGCACGAGGAGAACGGGGGCUACAACUACAAUGAGCACCAGGAGAAGAAGAAAGAGGCAUUCAUUCAGUAAUUGUCCAAACAUUAAUGUACAACCCCAAUUCCAAUGAAUUUGUAUUGAACAUAAAACAGAAUACAAUGAUUUGCAAAUCAUGUUCGACCUAUAUUUAAUUGAAUACACUACAAAGACAAGAUGUUUAAUGUUCAAACUGAUAAACUUUGUUUUUAGCAAAUAAUCAUUAACUUAGAAUUUUAUGGCUGGAACACCUUCCAAAAAAGGAACUGUUCCACUGUGUUACAUCACCUUUUCUUUUAACAACAUUCAAUAAACGUUUGGGAAUUCAGGACACUUCUUUAGAAGACGAAAAAAUCUUGUUUACUUUUGUUCCGAUCGGACGCUAAGUUCAGUAUUGGGGCAUGUAAUGCUGAACUUGUUCUCGAAUGUGGAUGUUAAUCCUCAUCGUUUUAAGUGCAUUUAUGUUACCCAUAGUUCCUUGAAGGUGUGUCUUAAUUAACUGUGGCUUACAUUUAUGUUGCACGAUGAUAAAAUGAAACGAUGACUUACAAUUACAGUACAGUAACAUCCCGGGCAGUUUUGUCAACUGCUCAGCUCAAGUAAGCAUUACCUGGCUUCUUACCAGGAUAUGCCAGCGUGCUCUUCCGGAUAUUUACGAAAUAAAUUCUCCCUCCUCUCUGU